AUGCGUUCCAAAUCUGAUCACGCUUUUUGUAAAUAUUUGAUGAGAAUUGGAAAUGAAACAGAAAAAGUUAAUUGUGAUAACAAAAUUGAAAUUCGAGAUUCUAUAGUUAUUCCUUUUACAUCUGAAGAAGAAUCUUUAGAUGAAUUAUUUAAGAUCAUAUAUCCAAAUGUAAGUACAUUUUUUUCUGAUUCAUUUUCAGUAACUUCUCGUAUUAUUUUAACAACAAAAAAUGGCUUUGUUGAUGAGUUAAAUGAUAUGCUUAUUGCUAAAUUUCCGUUUACAUCAAAGACAUAUGUUGCUAUUGAUGAAACUGUUGAACGUACUGAUCAAAGGUUAUGUAACGGCACACGAUUAACAUGCUGUGAUUUCAAAACGCAUGCUGUAAGUGCUAAAAUUGCCACGAGUGAUUUUAAGGGUACACAUUUAUUUAUUCCUAAAAUACCACUGAUAUCGUCAGAUGAUGAAAAAGUCCCUAUUCCAUUCAAAAGAUUACAGUUUCCUUUACGAUUAUGUUUUGCAAUGACUAUAAAUAAAGUACAAGGUCAAACAUUAGAUUUUGUUGGUAUUUAUUUACGUGAGCCUGUUUUUUCGCAUGGUCAACUCUACGCUGCAUUAUCGAGAGCUAAAAGUUCAGAGUGUAUCAGAUUGUUGAUUCGACCACCUACAUCAGAUAAUGAUGAUGACCAUUCUACAUAUAAUGUAGUUUACAAUGAAGUUAUUCGAAAAGCAUUUUCAUGA